CCCCGGAGCCGAAACCAGUAUAGCCGAGGACGUUUGUGAUGGGCCACAAACGGAUUCAACUGAAGAAGUUCAAAUGGCUGGUGUACAACAGUAUGUUCAUCUCCAUCCUCUGUCUCACCCUGCUGCUGUGGAUCUACAGGCCUUUCAGGACCAUCCAGUCCUUGACCCAGUACUACCAGGCAACCAGUGAGACCCCCGAGCAGCUGACAGGGCCUCCACCAGGACAAAUAGCUCCUCAGGGACAGGGCUUGUCUCUCAAGGCGGUCAACGGGACAAAGACGGUGCUGGUGGCAGCUUAUCAGGAGCACCGCACACAGAAUAAGGAGGUUCUUGUUAUUGCCGUGGUGCUGAGGAGCGAGACGGUUGCCUAUCACUGUAUCCUCCAUUGUCAGAAUGAACUGCACAUUUCCUUUGGUGUCAGCAACAUCCAUGAAGAUCACUUUGACUUUGCGUACGGGACAGCGAACAUCAUGUGUCCUGUCCCCCCAGGCUGUGAGACCCCAUCUCAUAUCGCCGUGCGCUCUGCUGCAGGUGUCUCUGAAGAUACGCUCACCUCCGACGAGUUUUUAGAGGUGCAGAACCAGAAGAUGCAGAGGGACUCCUUUCCCUACAACUUCACCGUCUGCCUCUCCACCAUGUUUGAUUUCACAAACGUGCUUCAGCUGGUCCAGAGUCUGGAAAUGCUGCAGUUACUGGGGGUGGACCGAGUUGUCGUCUAUAAGACCAGCAGCAGCCCUGAAACGCAGCGCGUACUGGACUACUACACAUACAAAGGUUUGGUAGAAGUGAUUCCCUGGACCAUCUCCAGAUUUGUGAAUGUCUCUCGGGGCUGGCUGCCCGAACACGGCCCAGGGGAACUCCACUACCUGGGCCAGAUUCCUGCUCUCAGCGACUGUGUUUACCGAUACAUGUACCGAUCCAGAUACGUGGCCCUGCACGACAUGGACGAGCUGAUCCUGCCCCAGUCGGUCAACAGCUGGUCGGAGCUGUUGCCUCUGCUGGAAAACAAAUAUGGCGCUGACAAGUGUUACAUGUUUGAGAACAACGUGUUCUCCGUCAACCACACCCUGCGUCCCCCCACCAACCAAACCCCGUCCCCGCAGGGCUGCUGCCCCGGCCGGCAGAAUGUGUCCGGGGUCAACAUCCUGGCCCACCUGUACCACGAACCCAUCAUCCCAGAGACCCAUUACAGCAACUUCAAGAUCAUCGUGAACCCCCGCGCUGUGUUCACCCCGACCGUCCACGGGCUGCUGAGCUCAAUGAAAGGCUGCUCCUGGGUCGACAGGAACAUCGCACGGAUGUACCACACGAGAGGUCCGAGGCAAACCCAGCUGACCCCAGACCAGCUGGUUUAUGACGGUCGCCUGCUGAGCUACGGCGCUCGCCUCACGCCCAACGUCAACGCGGUGUUCACAGAGACUUUUAACUCACAGAAAACACUUUGCUUUGAAAACUGCUUUGCACCUUAAGCAGAGUGAAGCUCAGAGAUCUUUGGUCUUGUUGACACAAGGAGAGGACUCAUCCCACAGGGUUUUAUACCUUAAAGCGCCCAUGUUAUGCUCAUUUUCAGGUUCAUAGUUGUAUUUUGAGGUUGUACCAGAAAAGGUUUACAUGGGUUUAAUUUUCAAAAAAACACUCAUUCAGAAAACCGUAUCUCACUCAAAACACCAUGGAUGGGUUUUUUCCAAGUGUGUAUGCGUGCGGAAGCACCAGAGACACAAAAUAACACCCCAAAUCCCAGAAAAAGUGACUUUUUCACAAUAUGUGCACUUUAAUACCUAAAGAUUCCAAGUUUAGCAUAUAUGUAAUGAUUAUUGCCCGUCGUCCAUUAAUACCUGACAAUGGACACCUCGAAGGACACUUGCCAAAUAUAUAUUAUUUUUAAACAUGAAUUUAUAUUUUUAUAAGUUUUACAAUCAAAAUCUAACGUUUUUCCAAACAAUAACUCAGUUUCCCCAGUUACACUUGAGGGUUUGACUAAUACCUGGAACAGUCAUUCCCAUCCCAUUAGGUUCUCAUGCAAUGCAAAUGCUGUUCACUGCUCCAGGGAAUAGAACGGACCUUAGGUACCCUAACACCAGACACUGACUGGUUUUCAGACCCCCCCAUACAAUAAAACUGCAUAUUUUAGAGUGGCCUUUAUUGUGGCCAACCAAAGGCACACCUGUGCAAUAACCAUGCUGUCUUAUCAGCAUCUUGUUAUUCCACACCUGAGGUGGAUGGAGUAUCUCGGCAAAGGAGAAGUGCUCACUAACACACAUUUAGACUUUAGAUCUGUGAACAAUAUGUGAGAGAAAUAAGCCUUUUGUGUGUGUAGAAAAAGUCUCAGAUCUUUGAGUUCAGCUCAUGAAACAUGGGGACAAAAACAAAAGUGUGUAAUUUUGUUGAGUAAACUUUGAACUGAAAGUGAGCGAGGUUUCAGAUCCUUAAUCAAAAACACCAAAAGAUCGAAAAAGGAUUAUUUUGGAAAUGUUUCAUGUGAAAUAUCCAGUUUGAUAACAACUUUGAUAGAAAACCCCACCACUGGCAAACUGAAUGCUGUAACAACACACUCCAGACUGGAUAUUCACCAAAAAGAACGGAGCUGUGUAUCACAGCGUGUGUGUAGUAGAGCUCAGUGAGCCUCGUUGUUGCCAUGGGUAACACUUUCCUUCAUCACCAUGAACACACACACACACACACUGUAGCCGCUGAAAGUAGUCCCCGACAAAUGCACUCUUUCCUCUUUUUGAAUAACGCUUGCUUAAAACCACAAUCACCCAUCUUGCGAGGCCAUUUUUAGCAUUAAACACUUCAUUUCCUGCAUUGUGUUGAACAUUUCUGUUGAACAACUUUUGCAUCAAGUGGCAACACUUCAUGAAAUCCAUCAUUAAUAGAUAUAGUAAAUUGAUAGUGUUAGAAAAAUGUCAUUAUGAAGAAUAGACAAGGAACCACUGAAGUUAUAAUAAAGUUAACUUGCAAGUACAAUCAGUUUACAGAACUCACCGCAUCAGUACUGGGAAAUGAAGCUUUCUACAGCAGCUCUUGCAACGCAAUGUAGAAUGAGAUAAAUGUCACAAUAUAGUCACAAUAAAGCGUCAGUGUUGUCAGUUUAUCUCGGUCCAGCGUCACCGGGCUCCAGACAAGGACGAGGUCUCCCAGAGACCAGAUGACGGCGGCAGGAACGGUGUUUUGUCUUGUAAUGCACACACAGAUUUAUCACUGAUCAGAUAAAAACGUGGGGGUGUGAUGCCGUGCCGCGAUUGGAUUUUGCAAAAUUGUGACGUCAUUUGUAAUUUAAUGUCAUUUAAAAUCUGCUUUAACCCUCUUGUUGUCUUCGGGUCGGAUUUGAACCCCUUUCCAAGAAAAAGUUUCUAUAUCACAAAUUAGGGUUUCUUUCAAAAUAAAGCGUCCAAAAAAAACCAACGUGGAUGGGUUCCCGACAACGCUCGCUCUCCACCCCACACCGGAGGAAGAGGUAAACACUUAGAAA